AAUGCUCAUGGCUUGUGUGGAGGAUUCUUAUGGGUGGGUCUGGGGGCGCCUAGAUCCGUCGGGGCUGCAAAUGCAAAUGCAAAAACCAUAAAUAGAAUGGCGAGGAGCAUCAGACCCGGUUCAGAGGUGGCAAUGGGCCAGCCACAUGGUCUGCUGGCUCUCUCUGGGCUGGUUUCAAUGGAGCCGCUUCAAUGCGCUGGUUGUUCUCUGGAAAGAACUGUCCCCUCCAACCCAGCAAAGGGCAGGCGCUUGGUGCCAAGGGAACUGAGCGGAAUAAGACUGUGAUCGGAAUGGACAAAAAAGGUUGAAACUUUCCAUUUCUUCAAGUCACAAGGAGGAAGCAAUUCCAGGACGUGGACUUCACCAAUGGAAAUCAGGAGGGGAGAAGGGUGGGGAAGGGGUGCUGGCAAUCUCAAAGGCUGGGGGAUUUCACUGGGGAUGCACAGACGUCUGCCCUAAGCCCCUGAGAGCAUUGUGGGCCUUUAAACACAGCUGUGAAUGGGAUGGUUCAGACUCAUCCACCUUUGGUGCAAUUAUUUUUUAUUUCAUGCCCCUCCUUUCCCUGUACAAGGUGGUGUACAGGGGCUCUCCCCUCCUCAUUUAAUCCCCCACAACAACCCUGUGCGGUAGGUUAGGGCAAGAGGCAGUGGCUGACCCACCCAAGGCCAUCCAGUGAGCUUCAUGGCCAAGUGGGGAUUUGAACCCUGGUCUCCUGGGUCCUAGCCUGAUGCUCUAACCACUACACCAUGCUGGCUCUAAGCAAGGAGACAAAAGCCUUCUUGGUCAAAGCCUCAAGGAUGGGGAUUUCAAAUUGGGUGGAUGGGGAAACCCCUUGCCAGUUUGGGCAAUGAAGUAAGAUAGCCAGGCUACUGGUUCCCUCUGCUGGAAGAAAUUGCCACUGGGACUUGGUACUCCAGGCAAAGAGCCCAGCAAUGUCCUGUCCCUAUGGGAGAAUGGCUUCCCACAACUUGCUGGGCUCUUAUGAUGAGCUCUGGCUACUCUUUGUAUGGGUGUCUCCACAGGCUUGUGAAAAAUACCUUGGGAGCCUUCCAUCCCACCCCCGCCAAAUUGGAAUGACAGCUCCCUCCCCAAUAAGCACGGACCCUUGCCUGUAAACUUUAGACUUAAUUUGCAAGGGGUAGUGUUUUAUUUCCUGCCCCACCUAAGCCCCAUAUUCAGGCAGGCCUCGUUAGCCUGGGACAGGCUUUGCCAACUUGGCACAUGCCAAAUGUUUUGGGCUGCAACCCCCAUUAGACCCAGGCAACUGGCCCUUCCUUGCUUAAUUUUUUUGCAUCCAUAAUGAAUUACUGCAGCAUUUGGGGAGAGAGCUUUUAACACUUUGCUCUUGCUGUGGUUUCCUGCUCUGCUACCUUCUCCCACAAAAAGUUUAAAAGGAGAGGGGACGACAGAGGACGAGAAGGUUGGACAGUGUUCUCGAAGCUACCAACAUGAGUCUGGCCAAACUGCGGGAGGCAGUGGAAGACAGGAGUGCCUGGCGUGCUCUGGUCAUGGGGUCACGAAGAGUCAGACACGACUAAACAACAACAAAGGCAUUUGUUGAUUUCCUCAUAUGUGUCCAUGGGGAAUCUUGCAAGGUUUUGGAUUUUCCCAAGGGAGAGUUGGUGGCAUAUUUCUGAGGUGAAGUGGCCUGUUAUCUGAAGCAGCGUCACAAAUGAACCUUCCUUGCUUCCUUCCUGCGUACAACUCUAGUGCUUACUUUGUACCUGAUAUGCACUCAGUUUGUUUGCUAACUUCUCCUUACUGAGCUGGUAUGUGCUGCACUGUGCAUAAACAUUUUGGGUUUAUGCUGAUUAUGUCCAUCUUAGAUCACACUAUCCAUGUACAUAGAGCUCACAGCAUGCCACUCCUCUUUUCUGCUGUGUCAGAAAGUUCUUCUUAAUGUUUAGCUGGAACCUCCUUUCUGGUAAUUUGAAUAGGUUGGCUUGAGGUCUCCUUCUGGAGCAGCAGAAAACAAGCUUGCUCCAUCUUUCAUGUCAAACCACCUCUCAGUCUUCUUCUCUUCUCCAGAUAAUUGUUAGAUAAUUGUACGCUGUUGUUUAAAACAACAACAACAACAACAGCCCAUUGCUUGACAGUUGAGAUAAGGCGUGUGAUGCUGCUUGAUGAGAAUUAAGCCCAUAUUUAAAACGUUUCAGCAGGAAAACGUGCUUUGUGUGUGUCGCAGACAAGCUGUACGCUGAAGUUAAUCUAGCACAAGAUAUUUUGGGUGCGAUCAGAAACCCAGUGCUCACAGGAACAGAAUGAGUAUCGCGUUAGAUUGUAAUAUUGUAGUACAGAAUUCUAGUCCAAAACAGCAGGAGGGCACCAGGUUGGGGAAGGCUGUUUUAGAGGAACUCAUUGAAAACAUAGGCAUUUCCUGCUGGUGCACCAGCACUCACCAUGAUGCCUGUUGCUUCUCUCCUGCAUCUGGACACUGGAGACAGCUCCAUUCUUAGCUAUUAUGGCUGGCAUCCCACCCUCAAAGAACUUGUUCUUCUUCGUGACAUGCAAAUGAAAUGGAUCUAUUUUCCUCUGUCGGAUAUUGUAAGGGUUGUAAUGAUGUCAGGCAAUUUCUCUGGCACCCUUCCCAAAAGUCUUCAGCCCUGCAGGCUCCGUGCCCCGCAGCAUUUUAGAUGCUCCUUUGUUUAUUUAUUCAGAGCAUAUUUUUUACCCUGUUCAAAAGCCAAGAAGGCUCUCUGGGUGGCUUACAAAGAUCAGUCGGAGGAGUGACAGUCUCUUAGCCUCUGAGGCUUUCGAUAUCUUUUUAGAUAUCACACAAGGAAAAGGGGAUGGGGAGGGUAGAGGAAGGAGGAAAGCACCAAGUUCUUAAAGCUGCAGCUCUGGGAUGAAAACAGUUCAUAUGGCAUGGCUGCCGCAAGGUGUCAAUUGAAGGAUGGCCAAAGGCAGCUGGGAGGCAGUGGAAUUGCCCUGCUUCUCUAGAUUCAGCAUCUACCGGUAUAGGAAGAACUAGAGGAAGUGAAGCUCCUGGGAAAAGCAGGCAUUUGGCCAAUCAAGAAAGUGACACCCAUCUGAAAGGUAUUCCUCUGGCUCCUUGCCUCCUGCUCUGUACAGUGAGCACCUUAGAGCCAAGCGGAAGAACGUGUUUGUCUAGUCCCAGGGCUCCCACACAGAGCAGGGCAGCUUGGCUUCCGCAGCAGCCUCAGAGGAUUCCUCCUCCCUUGGGCUGCUGCUCCAACACCUGGGCACAGCGAAGGCCUCCAAGGCUCCCGGCUGGCGUACCAUUGGCUUGACCCAGACCAGCGUGUCCCACAAUAAACACACCAGGAAGGAAGGAAGGAAGGAAGGAAGGAAGGAAGGAAGGAAGGAAGGAAGGAAGGAAGGAAGGAAGGAAGGAAGGAAGGAAGGAAGGAAGGAAGGAAGGGUGCCCAGGAGAUCCAAGUGGCAAUGGAGCGAAGCACAACCACUCUGCCGCCUGCCUUCCCCCAACAGAGCUUGGAGGCUGUGGAUAUUGUUGUCCUGGUUCUGUACUUUGUAUUUGUUAUGGCUGUUGGACUGUGGUCCAUGUGGAAAACCAAGCGAAGCACUGUGAAGGGCUACUUCUUGGCUGGAGGCGAGAUGGUCUGGUGGCCAGUGGGGGCAUCUCUCUUCGCCAGUAAUGUUGGCAGCGGACAUUUCAUUGGCCUGGCUGGCUCCGGGGCAGCGUCUGGAAUUGGUGCUACAGCUUACGAGUGGAACGGCAUGUUCUGUGUCUUGGUGCUGGCAUGGCUGUUUCUGCCGAUCUAUGUGGCAGCAGGGGUGACAACCAUGCCAGAGUAUUUGCAGAGGCGGUUUGGGGGCAAAAGGAUCCAGAUUUUCCUAGCGAUUCUCUACUUGUUUAUCUAUAUAUUCACCAAAAUCUCAGUUGACAUGUACGCUGGGGCCCUCUUCAUCCAGCAGGCUUUGCACUGGGAUCUCUAUGUGGCUGUCAUUGGGCUGCUGGUUAUCACAGCCAUUUACACUGUGGCAGGUGGCCUGGCAGCUGUGAUAUACACCGACGCCCUGCAGACUGUCAUCAUGCUAGCUGGGGCGCUGACGCUGAUGGCCUUCAGUUUUUCCAAAGUUGGAGGGCUGGAAGACUUGCAGAACAGAUACUUCCAAGCCAUUGCGAGCAACAACAGUGGCAACAACAGCUGCGGUUUGCCCAGGGACGACGCUUUCCACAUCUUCCGGGAUCCUGUCACGUCUGACCUUCCCUGGCCAGGAGUGCUGGUUGGAAUGACCAUCCCCUCGCUGUGGUACUGGUGCACAGACCAGGUCAUUGUUCAAAGAUCUCUGGCAGCCAAGAACCUCUCUCAUGCCAAAGGGGGAGCCUUGCUGGCCUCCUACUUGAAAAUCCUGCCCUUGUUUAUGAUGGUUCUGCCUGGCAUGAUCAGCCGCAUCCUCUUUCCAGAUCUCGUGGCUUGUGCUGAUCCGGUCGCCUGCAAAAGGAUCUGUGGCAACCCAUCUGGAUGUUCUGAUAUUGCAUACCCCAAAUUGGUCAUUGAACUUUUGCCAAUUGGACUCAGAGGUCUGAUGAUGUCUGUGAUGAUCGCAGCACUGAUGUCCUCCCUGACUUCCAUCUUCAACAGCGCAAGCACCAUCUUCACCAUGGAUCUCUGGCGAAAUAUCAGGCCCCUCUCUUCCGAGUGGGAGCUCAUGAUCGUUGGCAGGGUCUUUGUCCUGCUCCUUGUAGUCAUUUCCAUCUUAUGGAUUCCGCUGGUCCAGGCCAGCCAGGGGGGACAGCUCUUCAUUUACAUCCAGACCAUCAGUUCCUAUCUGCAACCGCCCGUGGCCGUGGUGUUCAUCCUGGGCUGCUUCUGGAGAAGAACAAAUGAAAAAGGGGCAUUCUGUGGCCUUUUGAUUGGGAUGGGAAUGGGCCUGAUCCGAAUGGUGCUGGAUUUCAUCUACCCGCUGCCACGGUGCGAUGAGGCAGACGGCCGUCCAGCGGUGGUGAAAUACGUCCACUACCUCUACUUCUCAAUGAUCCUGAGCCUGGCUACGCUGCUUGUGGUGGUGACUGUUAGUCUCCUGACAGAGCCUCCUUCAAAAGAAAGGAUCGCCCGCCUCACCUGGUUCACCCGCAAGGAUGCUCAUGUAGAGAAGGAUGUCCUUCCACAAGCUCCCGGAAGCCCUGCUGUCCCUCUCCCUGCCAGUGGUGUCCAUGAGGCUGGUCCUCGUUCUCCAGUGCAGCUUGAGAUUAGUGAUGGCCCUGAAAACAAUAAAAACGGUAAAACUUACCAGUGACCCACAGAGAACAGAGUUCAGUUGGUAGAGCAUGAGACUCUUAAUCUCAGGGUCAUGGGUCCAUUUCCCAUGUCCAUGAGCCUGACCACUGAUUUACUGCUAACUUGUCUCUUCUUCAGGUUCCCUGGAUUGUAAGAAGACCUCCAAACUCACAAGGCUGUUUUUGUGGAUCUGUGGAAUGGAGAGCAGGAAUUCGGACACUCCAAAAUCUGCUGCAGAAUUGAAAAGUGAAACCGCCCUGGCUUCCACGAAGGAAGCACCUUUUGUGAAGCACAUCCUCAACGUCAACCUGAUCAUCUGCUUAAGCGCAGGCGUCUUCCUCUGGGCUUACUUUGCAUAGCACCUAGCCUCGUCUAUUCAAGGACGCUGUUCAGCGCCAAGCAGAUGGGCAUUGCUAUAGGAAGGACUAAGGCGAAUGAUAACACUUAAUAACGACCCUGUACCAGACACUGUGUUUUUUAAAAUUCUCAAGGAAAGUAAAAAGGGCCUGAAUGUUUGCAGAUGGACUUGAAGAAUUUGCAGUAGGAGAACUCCAGAGCCUCUCCAAUGUAACUGGGUCCCUGGCGGUGAUUUGGGGGCAAAGUCCAUUAGCAGGUGUGCUUGGCACAGUUAUUAUUUAAACAAAUGAGACACCGUUCUUUUGCCAUGCGUUUCCUGACAGUCGCAUGACCCCACAUGCGGCAGGUGUCUUUUGUGGCUCUGGGGGUUGUAGCCAGCUAAGUUCUACUCAGAGUAAACCCAUUGAAAUUAGCAAACAAUAGAUAGGACUAUGGAACUAACUAUUCCCUAGGAGGCAGUGAGGGCCACCAACCUGGAUGGCUUUGUAAGAUAAUUACUGUAGAUAAAUUCAUGGAGAGCUAUUAAUGUCUACUAGCCACGAGGGUUCUGCUCUGCUCGGAGACAGCAAUGCUUCUGAUUCCUGGCUGCUGGAAACCAUAGGAAGGGAGAGUGAACUUGUGCUCAAAUCCCACUUUUGGGUUUUGGUUGACCCUUGUGAGAACAGGAUGCUGGACUAGAUGGUCCACUAGCCUGAUCCAGCAGGCUCUUCUUAGUUUCUUACAUUAGUAUCACUCACUAUUCCCUUGGGCAGGCAUCCCUAAACUUCGGCCCUCCAGAUGUUUUGGACUACAAUUCCCAUCAUCCCUGACCACUGGUCCUGUUAGCUAGGGAUCAUGGGAGUUGUAGGCCAAAACAUCUGGAGGGCCGCAGUUUGGGGAUGCCUGCCCUUGGGUCUGUUCUAAGUAGGACUAGCAUUGGAUACAACACGGGGUCUUUAAUAAAGCCUUUGCCGACCUGGUGCCCUCUAGAUGUUUCGGACUUCAAAUCCCAUGUGGCUGUGCUGUCUAGGGCUUAUGGGAGUUGUAGUCCAAAGUGUCUGGAGCACUCCAGGUGAGCAAAGCCUGCUUUAAUGCCACAAUGUUUAGCUAUGGGGACUCAUGCCAUGGUGAUGCUCUUCAUACCAGAACCGUGUUCAUGCACUGAAUCCUCCAUAGGAGCUCACAGCCUCUUUGGUCCUCCCCAAUCCUCUUAGCUCAGCGUGGCACAAACCAUCAUUAAGGCAGAUAGUUCUUAACCACAGAUCCAGGUUCAGACAACAUGCUAAGGCAGCUUUGGCUUAGCUGCCAUACUGAGCAAAAAGGGACCGAACAAAGCUGCUGCAAUCUCCUCCUUCCUGGGAGUCGUACUUUGACUUAGCAUCACAUGCAAAAGUUGCCACAGUGAACAAGUAUUGUUCCUUGUCCUGAGCCUACUGUAGUUCAAGGUGGGUGACUUUCUCCCAUAGCUUGAACCAUGACAGCUUAACAGGCAUACAGUUUAUUUGAAACAUUGGAAGCUACCUUAUAUUGAGUCAGACCUUUGGUCCAUUGAGCUCAGUAUUGCCCACACUGACCAGCAACAACCGUCCAGGGUUUCAGUCCCGAGUCUCUCCCAGCCCUACCAGGAGAUGCCAGGGAUUAAACUGGGGACCUUCUGCAUGCAAUGCAGGUGUCCUGUGCACCGAGCUAAAGCCCUUCCGUCUACAUUUGUAGGACAGGCAUGUCUUAAGGUUCUCAGUCACUACAAGAACAACCUGUUAUGUUCUGUUUAAUAUCCUGCAGAUAUACAUCCCAGGCAUUCUCGAUUUACAAAUGUAUAUUUCAGUGGUGUCAUACAAUGCCAAUUUUGUGUUAAAAGAUAAUAUUAGGGGCUGAUAAAAAAAUGGCAUUCUCUUGAAGUGAACAUGCAUUGCAGGGGGUUGGACUAGAGGACCCUUGGGUGUCCCUUCCAAUUAUACAGUUCUGCGAUUCUAUGAAAGGUUCUUUAGCAGGGUGCUAAACUUCAGUUUAACAAUGAAGGAAAAGGUAGCAAAAUGAACUUUUCUAGAGUGCAAGAAGACUGCAUAACCCCCCAGAAACAUCUGUGGACAUAACUAGGAAGGAGAAAGAGUUGCUUGUUGAAAUGGCCAACAUAUUUGUGAGGUUUUCAAUGGGAGAGUGUUUUGACGGUGUCCCUUUUACUGUACAAAAUAAUGCAGAGAGUAUUUUUGUGGAGUAUUUUAUGAACUGUGUCAUGUUUUUCAUGGACUUGUAAAAACAAAAACAAAUCAAUGUGUGUGUGUUUUUAUUUAUUAUUCUGAAUGGAGUCAGGCAUCUGUGCAAGGAUGCCUCGAUAUGUCUGAGCUGGCUUCAGUUUUCCUCAUCAUGCAAUAACCAGUCUAACCCAGUGGCCUCUUCAUACCAGCUCCAGGGUGAUGUGGGAAAGUUGCAUGCAAUGCCCUGGGAAAUGUC